AUGAAAUCGGCGACGACAGUGGAUGCAGAGAAUCUCCUGUCAUUGAAAACGGAUAUUUUAGAAUAUUAUCUUGCCCCGAUAUUACCAAGAGAGUGUGGAAGAAGUGUACCGAAACGGCUGAAAAGGUCAGUUGGGGGAACUCCGUCUAUUAUCGGAGGGUGGCCAUGGCAGGCUGCAAUUUAUGAUGUCAAACGAGGAGAUAUCAUUUGUGGUGGGGCUCUCAUUCACGAGGAGUGGGUCCUUACCGCGACUCUUUGCCUUACCAUUGAUGGUACCUCAAGAGCUCGGAACAGAGAUGAUUUAAUUGUUUACCUCGGAAAACACUAUCGGAAUAAUUCCCUGGAUGAUGAAUUCGUGCAACAAAAACAGGUGUCCAGUAUCAUCCUGCACGAACACUCCAACGUCUGGAAUUAUGACUCGGACAUUGCCCUGAUAAGACUGACUAAGCCGGCAAUAUUAACCGACCGAGUGCAGAUAGUAUGUCUCCCAACUGGAUUUGAUCUGUCGCAGCAAAACCUCGAAAAUGGAAAGCAAGGAUGGGUGGCUGGUUGGGGUCAUGAUGCAUCCGAUAUCCUCAGUGAGGAGCUGACGGAAGUGGAGAUCCCAGUUUUAUCCAAUCGCAAAUGCAGAAAUGACACCAUUCAUUUUACAGGCGACCCAAGCACGACGAGAACCCUCACGCUCAACAACUUUUGUGCAGGGUACGGCUUGGAAACUUCUUUUGAA